AAACCCAGCUCAACACGACAGUGGACCGUACUGAACCGCUCAAUGCAGGCCGGAGUUUACUCCCGAGCUCCCAGAAAUUUCCAAAAUUUCCGUACUUCUUAGUUUCCACUGCUGCCUUCUUACUUCUCUUUCGAACUACCCGAUCUCUUUCGCCGUUGAUCUUCGCGAAUUUUUUGCUUUUUUGUAUAAACGAAGAUUUGAUGGAGAUUCGCCUUCGAUUCGCCCUUCUUCUGACGAGUUUUUUCGUCGUCUGGGUCUAUGGGGCGACUCCAAUCCCUAAUAAGCAAUUGUUGGGCAUUGAUCCCCAAGAUUUGAGCUUUUACAAAUCCAAUGUGAUUAAAUGCAAGGAUGGAUCAAAGAAAUUCGCAAAAGAACUGCUUAACGACGAGUUCUGUGACUGCCCGGAUGGAACGGACGAGCCAGGAACUUCGGCUUGUCCAGAGGGAAAAUUUUACUGCCAGAAUGCUGGACACACUCCAAUUAAAAUUUUUUCUUCCCGGGUUAAUGAUGGCGUAUGCGAUUGCUGCGACGGGAGUGAUGAAUAUAAUAGCAAUGCAAAUUGUACAAAUACAUGCUGGGAAGCAGGAAAGGUUGCUAGAGAAAAACUGAAGAAGAAAAUAGAAACAUUUAAGGAAGGACUUAUUAUUAGGAAAGACGAAGUAGAAAAGGCAAAUAAUGCAUAUGCUAAAGACGAGGCAGACCUUGCAAAGCUAAAAAGUGAUGAGAAGGUGCUCAAAGAGUUGGUGCAAAAACUUAGAGAGCAAAAGGAAAGAAUAGAUAAACUGGAGGAGGAAGAACGAUUGAAAAAGGAGAAGGAAGAAAAGAGCUUAAGGGAAGAGGAGGAGAAAUCCAAGGAACAAGAGAUAAAAGCAGAUGAAACUCAAAUUUUUGACACAAUGGAGAAUCAUGAGCAGGAUGGAUCAACAGGCAAUCUUGAUAUUGCAGUUGAGUCUGGAACUGAUAACAUGGUUGAGAGUAAAAAAGCUAGUACUCAAACAGAGGAACAGCAUGUUGGUGAAGGGCAUGAUGAUACUUCAGAAUCCAGCGGUGGUAUUUCACAAGAUGGUGAGAUAUCCUCUUACGAAGUACCCAAACAGGAUCAAGAUGAUUCUGGUAGUACUGAAGAGUUAUCGAGAGAAGAGCUGGGACGUCUUGUAGCUUCCCGCUGGACUAGUGAAGGUGCUGAUCAGACAACUGACAAAAUAGGAAAUGUUGAGGAAGACCUAAUGGAUCAAGACUCAAGUGUUGCCCACGAACACGAAGGCUAUACAUCAGAAACUGAUGAUGAUAGAUCAAAAGAUGAUGAUGAUGAUGAUGACAAUUUUGAAGAUGAUCGAGAUGAUGAGUUUGAAGAUGACCAUUCUAGUUCAGAUGCAUCUUAUAUUGCUGAUGAAUAUGAGAAGCCUGAUCCUUUAGAUAGCAUCGAGGUAAGUAGCCCAACAUGGUUGGACAAGAUACAACAAACUGUGCAGAGCGUUCUGCAAGCUUUCAACUUUUUCAAGACUCCAGUGAAUGUAUCAGAUGCCACACAUAUUCGGAAGGAAUAUGAUGACACCAGUUCAAAACUUUCAAAGGUGCAAUCAAGAAUAUCCAGUUUGACAGAAAAGCUAAAACGUGAUUUUGGCAAGGAGAAAGAAUUUUAUUUCUUCUAUGAUCAGUGCUUUGAGAGCAAACAGAACAAGUAUGUGUACAAGAUAUGCCCAUUCAAGCAAGCUUCACAAGAUGAGGGCUACAGCAAAACUCGAUUAGGUAGUUGGGACAAUUUUGAAGAAUCCUACAGGGUUAUGGUUUUCACCAAUGGUGAAAAAUGCUGGAAUGGACCUGAUAGGAGCUUAAAGGUUAGGCUUAGAUGUGGAUUGAAAAAUGAGAUAAGUGAUGUUGAUGAACCAAGCCGAUGCGAAUAUACUGCUUUGAUGUCCACUCCUGCUUUAUGUUUAGAAGAUAAGUUAAAGGAACUGGAGAAGAAACUGGAGCAAAUGAACACAAGAAAGCCACAAGGCCACCAUGAUGAACUUUGAAGUCUAUUUCUCAGGGAAUAGCUUGUCAUAAAUUGUUACAACUCUGCAGCAGAUAAUUAUGCAUAGAGACUGGAAAGAAUUGCAGCAGCCUCAAGCAGGCCACUUGAAGAUUGAGAAAUCAAAGUGAUUCUAAUUUUAUUUUAUUUUCUCUCUCUUUUACUAGCAGACUAGCUGGCCAUGAGUACUUGUAACAUGGGGGGAUAUGCUUCAGCUGGUGGAAUUUUCUUGCUGCUUUGAUGAUCGCUGCAUUCAAGAUUUUCAUUUUCUGUAAGGAAACAGUGAUUUUGUUCCACAGUUCAUUAGCUGAAGUGUUAGCUGAUGAGCAAUUCACGGUGAGCUAAUGGUUAUUGUGUUUUACAGUUAUUA